AUGAAGCUUCAUCCUAUUGAGAACUUGACUCUAGCCCUCGUAUUAUCGCAACAUGGCCUCGCUGAAGACAUCGUCACCUUUGACACAGCAGUCAGCAACUGCCCUCCCCUUGGAGCAGUCCUUCCUCCGCCAAAGUCUCCAUCUGCCAAUCCUAAUGUCCAGGCUCUCGUUUCUCAGGCCGAUUAUUUUCAAGGGGUGAUCGCUCAGAACUUCGGGAAUGCGACAGGUGUAUCAGUUGCCAUCGGAUCUAUCUACGAAGASGAGCCUCUCCUUGGCGUGUCUUACACUCCCUUGGUGUAUAAUACUACAGGCACGCAUACGGCGACAAAAUUAGCAUGGCAGACCCUAUUACUAAUUACGGCAGUCGAUUGGGACCGUGUCACACUUGACGCUUUAGCUUCUCAAUUUGCGGGAGUUCCGUAUGAUUUGGGCAAUGACUUUGGCAACAACCCAUAUUUCAAUGGUACUGACUAUGGUCUUCCGGAGUUGACCGCAGAUGAGCACAGUAAUUGCGGUGACCUACCUUCAUCGAGACCUUGCAUCUGGGAUGAUUUCUGGAGCGAUUUUGGCAAGCGGUCUCCAACUUACGGACCCUUCACAACACCAGCAUAUAGUGAUGUUAGCUACGACAUUCUGGGUCUGGUUAUUGAGCGUGUCUCGAACGAGACCUAUGGAAAUUACAUCCAGCGCAAGAUCCUGUCACCGCUCAACAUGACUCGGACCUUUGUGACCAAACCGGAUGACGAUAGUAUUGGCUUCAUCUCUGCAGAAGCAAACUUCUGGAGUACCUCUUACGGUUUUUUGCAAGCUGACGGCGGCUUCUACUCAUCGGCAAAUGACCUCCUGAAAUUCGGCCAGGGAAUCUUGAACCAUAAACUCCUCCCCGAAGUUACCACCCGCGAAUGGAUUAAACCUCGCGCACAUACCUCAUCCCUAGGAAUAUCAGUUGGCGCACCAUGGGAAAUUGGUCGGGCAAAUAACCUCACCGUUGAUGGUCGCAUAAUCGAUGUAUACAGCAAAAACGGAGGUCUGACCGAUUACAAUGCCUUUUUCGUCCUGAUCCCAGACUACGGGCUGGUCUUGUCGAUCGUCUCCGCCGGACCUCAAUCAAUGCUGUCGACGCAGCUUGGACUCGCGACACAAGUUCUUGAACCUGCAGUCCGAGCCUUUGAAGCUGCCGGCAAAGCUGAGGCAAAUGUUUCAUAUGCCGGAACUUAUGCCAAUACUGCAACCAACAGCAGCAUCACAGUAGCUGUCGAUGAUCAGUCUGGGCUUAAUGUGACCAGUUUUAUCAUGAACGGUAAAAACAUUCUCGAGACAUACCCGAUUAUUGCUUCCUUCGGACCGGAAGGAGCUGCAGCACCGGGCGUCGUCGCGCAAUACUUAUCGGUUCGACUCUUUCCAACCGGGUUACAGAGCAAAGAUUCUACCGCCUGGCGCGCAGUAUAUGACACUGUUGCCCCAUCAGAUGUCUCGUUUUAUGAUGAGCAGCUUUUCAUUUUGCAAUCGGCAUGCCAGAGCUGGUCAGUUAUCGACAACGUGGUUUAUGGGCUUCGGGCCUUUGAUGAUUUUGUGUUUGAGAUUGAUAGUUGUGGUGGGAAUGCUACGAGUAUUACUCCACGGGCUUUUAGACAGACUUUGAAGCGAGCGCAAGAGUGA